AUGGCGCAGAAUAGGCAUUGGGAGCAGGACAAGGAGGCGACCAUCUACAUCGGAAACAUCGACGAGCGCGCCACGACGGCCGUGAUAUACGAAAUGAUGCUGCAGAUGGGUCCCAUUCACAACAUCCACAUGCCCCGCGACCGCGUAACGCAGAAUCACCAGGGCUUCGGCUUCGUCGAGUUCCGCGGUCCGCUGGAUGCAGAGUACGCCGCCCAGAUCAUGAACGGCAUCAAGGUCUUUGGAAAGCCCCUGCGUGUCAACAAGGCCAGUGCCGACAAGCAAAAGGGCACCGACGUCGGCGCCGAGCUCUUCAUCGGCAACCUCGACCACGCCGUCGACGAGAAGAUUCUCUACGACACCUUCAGCCGCUUCGGACCCCUCCUCUGCCUCCCCAAGGUCGCGAGGGAUGACACCGGCAACAGCAAGGGCUUCGGUUUCGUCAGCUUCGGCGACUUUGACAGCAGCGAUGCCGCCGUUCUCAACCUGCACAACCAGUACAUCCUGAGCAAGGAAGUAUCUGUGCAGUACGCUUUCAAAAAGGACGGGCGAGGCGAGCGACACGGUGACGAGGCGGAGCGGCAACUGGCAGCCCAAGCCAAGAUUCGAAACAUUGUUCCCGAGGCGCAGCCCAUCCCGCAAGUUUUCCUCCAUCAGCCCUCGGCAGCUCCGCCAGCUGGCGGCCCUCCCGCAGGCACCCCAGCCCACGCCCCUCCGCCCAGCUUCGAUCCAUCGGCGGUCAACGGGGCCAUGCCUCCAACCGGUGGCCCGGGAACUCAACCCCAUAUUCCGCCGGCUCACGGCAUGCCAGCUGGCUUUGCGCCGCCUCAUCACGGACAGCCUCCCUACAGCAGCGCCCCUCAGUUCCCACCUCCCAUGGGCCUUGGAUCUGGUCCUCUCCCUCCCGCUCCCACGGGUUUGCCUGCCCGUCCUCCGACAAACCCCGUCGGGUUUUCCAAUCCCGCCGAGUACCACCCCGGUGCCUUCCGGCCUCCCAACGGAUCCCCAGCCCAACCCGGCUUCCCCGCUCCUCCGCCGCCUGGUUUCUCUGGCCCGCCUCCUCAUGGCGCUGCUGGCGGCCAUGCCGGAAUGCCACCUCCAGGUUUUCAGCCGCCUCCAGCCUUUCAACCGCCUCCUGGCUUUCAGCCGCCUCCUGGCUUUCAACCACCUCCUGGCUUUCCUCGUCGUUAA